AUGGACAGAUCAGAAAAUGAUGGAGGGGAUGAUCCCCGGGACAAAGACCAGGGCCAUUCCCAAAAUUCGAACCGACAAGGCGUCUCGAAUCAUAUAGGAGUACUUCAAGUAUACCCGGCUAUUGGUGACGAUAUUGAGACGGAUGUUGACAUCUUUGCUAUCCAUGGACUGGACACAACAUCUCCUGAUACAUGGACUUUUCAACGGAAACACGAGGCACGCCCUACCGAAAAGAAUAACCAGAGCGGUCUUUCCGGACGGCUCUUUGAACGCAGGCCCACGAGAGUUAGGGAGAAAAGCGACAGGCGGAAAAAUGGCGUCAAUUGGUUGACGUCUCCGGAUAUGCUCUCGUACGACCUACCUCGAGCUCGAAUUUUUACUUGCAACUGGCCAUCACGACUUUACCGAGAUCAAGGGUCGGUCGAGUUGACAGUAUUAGAACUGGCUCGCGGGUUGUUAGCCGAUAUUCAGUCAGAACGCCGCCGUUUAGGAGCAAUAACACGACCCAUCAUUUUCAUCGCCUCGUGUCUCGGGGGCAUCAUACUAGCGCAGGCGCUUACGCUGGCAGCUGAAAGCGAGAAUGAGUAUUAUGGUCUCUCAACAGCCACGGCAGGCGUCGUCUUCCUCGGCACGCCAUUCAGAGGAACGGCUCUGGCACAUGUUUUUGGCACGGCCAUACUGAGCUUGGAAGCCAGAGGCGUUGUCAAAAGUCAAUCUCUUGCACGCGGCCUUUUGGAUCAUCUCGGAAAGUCGACAGCGCAACUUGAAGAGCUUGUCAAUCGCUUCAGCAUUAAUUGCUGUCUUUCCCGGAAUCUACCAGUGUAUUGCUUCUACGAGACCAUUGAGAGUCACUUCGUGGCGAAAUCAUUCCCCAAAUGGACCCCCAAGUGGUUGAAGGCACAUAUGACUAACCCGAAAGUGAUUGUCGACAGUUCUUCGGCGCGACUUGAUGUUGCAAAGGAGAGCAUUGCCCUACAUGUUACACAUGUCAUGAUGAACAAAUUCCCCGACCGGGAAGACAGCUCUUAUAGAAGGGUUCGGGGUACGAUACAAUCGAUGAUUGAGCAGGCUAUGAGUGUCCGCAGCCAAACGCUCGUCUUCACAGGUGAUGACGCUAGAUCUUGGAACUUGUUGACUGAAAGGAUUCCUUCACCCGGACACGAAAUGGAGGUCAUUGAGGAUCGCAAAGAGCGGCUUAUCUCCGCCUGCUCGGAGUGGAUCCUGAAGCUUAUAGAUUGGCAGCAAGGACCGGACGCAUCCGUGAUCCAUUUUGUGGGCGGACCUGGGACAGGAAAGACAAUGGCAAUGAUCAACCUCAUCCGAUAUCACCUCACAAACACGGACCAACAAGCCUUGUCAUACUUCUUCUUCGAAGGAAAAUCCAAAGAUGAGUGCGCCUUUUACCGCGGGCUCAUUUAUCAUUUGCUCCGAAACAUCCGCAAUAGCAAUUUGAUAUCGCAUCUCACACAGGAGCUAGCCAGCGGAUCUGACAGCGCCCUUGACGACGCCAUAGCCCUUCGAUCUGCGCUACAAAGGAUGCUGGCUGAUGCCAAGCCAUCACUCCUCUUCGUGGAUGGUAUAGACGAAUGCGAAGACAAGCAUCAUCUCAAGAACAUUCUUCGCUUCAUACGUGAGACGACCACGGAGCUCGGUAUCAAGUGGGUCGUUUCAAGCAGAUCAGAUCCGAUCAUUUCCGAGUCGUUGCAGUCUCUUGGCAAGAAGUGCCUGAUAAACUCGAUCGAAUUGUCAACAGUUCUUCCAGAAAUAUCUAUUGAUGAAUACAUUAGACGCAAAGUUGAGCUCCUUGCUGAGACCAAAGACUACAGCGCGGAUCUCCGACAUAAGAUUCACUAUAUUCUCAAGGAUCGCUCUGCAGGAAUCUUUCUGUGGGUAUCGCUUGUAUGUGAGAUGUUACAGAAUGAUCAUGAGUCCUGGGAUGACCGCGAGACUCUCCAUCUGCUUGAAAAGCUACCUACGGGACUCCCCGAUAUCUACAGUCACAGCCUGUCUAAACUACGAGAACUCGAGCGACGCUGGAGUGAUUGCGUGACUGUCCUCGCAACAGCUGCUACGACAUUGCGACCACUACAUCUUGAAGAGCUUGCUUCAAUCGCCUUUUCUGACCGCAAGCUCCAGAGAGCUCAAGCCGAGAGAUGUGUGCGAUUAUGCAGCAACUUCCUUGUUUUACAGGCUGAUAUUGUCCACUUUAUCCAUCAAUCUGCAAGAGACUUUUUGAAAGAUGAUCCCAUGGGCGACAUCUUUGACCGCGGAAUUUCCGACCGCCACAGCUUGACUCUCUCAGCGUCCAUGAGGGCUAUGAAAGACUUGAAGGAGAACAUUUACGAGCUCGAGCAUUGCUCCACGGAGAUCACGGAAAUCAUAACACCGCGAUCAGGUGAUCCUCUCCUUGCAAUGUCAUAUUCCUGCGAGAGCUGGAUCGAUCACCUGAUUGCGUCGUUCUCGGACUUGGAGCAACACGCGAUACGUCCAGAGAUUCUAUGUGAUCAGGGAGAGAUUCACGAAUUCAUGUCACAUUAUUUGCUCUGCUGGCUAGAAGCCUUGUGUUUGAAACGAGUUUUACACAAGGGUCUCGAUGGUGUUCGUCGGUUAGAAGCAUUCAUAAAUCAAUGGGAGCCGGGAAAUCUAUCUAGUCUCCUCAAAGACACCACUAGGUUCAUUCUCAGACACAUGUCGAUGAUCGACUCCAUGCCGCUCCAGAUUUAUCGCAGCGCUCUGCUCUUCAGUCCCAAGAACAGCAUCAUUCGACGUCUGUUUCUUCGGAAACAUUGCCCGAUCAAAGUUAUAUUGGGCUUAGAGCCCAAUUGGGACCAUCAUUUGCAGACAUUUCAACCAUAUAUGUCAUAUGGAAUUUCGCACAUUGCUCUUUCCAAUUGUGGCAAGACGCUAGCUUCUGGAGACCGUCAUGGAGCCGUCCAAGUAUGGAACAUGGCGACUGGCCGAGCCGAAUUCGCGCAUCCAUGUGAUCCCUGGGAGGUUGACACGAUGCAGCAUCUUGCUUUUUCUCCGGAUGGAGGCAAGCUGGCAAUUUUGAGCGGUGAACACAUCAGACUAUGGAUUCCCGCGACAAACCAAUUCGCGUGGAUUACUCCUUGUUCCACUCGCCAUGGAGGUAUCAUUGUUUGGCCUAACAAGGAGAAAUUAUUAGUGGUCGCAAACUAUGGGACCAUGCUGUUAUUGGAUGCCGCGACAGGACAGGCUGUCAGGCUGCCAAAGCUUGCUCAUUUUAAAAUAUCCUGUUCCUCAUUUUGGCCUCAAGGAAAUCAACUGAUGUUGGGGUCAACAACGGGACGCGUUCAGCUAUUGGAUGCCACGACUGGACAAAUUCAACAAUCCUUCGAAAACAAGGAUAAAUUGAUCCCUAUCCAAUUUUUGGCAAAAUCGGCGGAUGGACGCAAGCUAAUAACAAUACAGCAUGAAAAAGAAGGACGUGGUGAUGUUGGCCACAUUGUUCUCUGGUGUGCUGCAGAUGGUGGCGUCGAGCGAACUUGGGAGGUCUCGGAUCUCAGAUCACCUGAUAGCCUUGUUUUCUGGCCAGAUGCGAGCAAAUUUGCAUUCUCUCCACGGUGGAGCGGAGAUAUCUGGAUCUGGGACAUUGUAACAGGCGGGGUUUUGCGUGUGUUUUAUGGUCAUACACUCGCGAUCUUAAGUCUCGUGCUCUCGCCUGAUAAGCAACAACUUAUAUCAGGCUCAAUCGAUGGCGCCAUCGAGAUAUGGGAUGUAGCAACCAUAGAAACCGAGAAACCAAACCUCGGAAGGCAGACUCUCCGUAUCACGAGCGUAGCAUUCUCGCCAGAUGGAAAAUACUUGGCAGCAGUAUUAGUGAGUGGUAUGAUACACCUGCACGAGGUUGCGUCAGGGAACCUUGUACAGAGAAUACCUCCACAGGAGUAUGCAGGAAGAAUUCAGGUUUCCCGACAAUUCAUCGAGUUCUCACCAGAUGGACUGAAAUUGGCUUCGUGGUGUGGCGGCGAGUUGAUUGAAGUAUUGAACCUGACAGAGGGAAGAGUGGAGCAAUUCCUCACAGGGAUAACGACGGACUCGGGAGACUUCAGACGCAUCCUUAUGGCCUUCUCCAGCGACGGAACCAAGCUUGCCACCUACGCAUAUAACUGUAAGAUCCAGAUAUGGGACGUUGCGAGGGGAAGUCUCUUAGCAGAGAAGCAAUUCAAUAUCAUAUACAGUCUGGCAUUCUCUCCUGAUGGAGAGAGGGUAGCGUUCGAACAGGAGCCUUGGAAACGAUUCGCCUCCCACGACUUUGAUAGAAUUAGCCUAUGGAAUAUGGCAACAAACAGAAUGGAGCCAGUACUGGACCAACACGAGAUGGGCCAUAUCGAGUCUUUGGCUUUUUCCGCGGACGGGAGGAAGCUUGCAACAAGCACCAGCGAUAGGACUAUCCACAUGUGGGAAAUGGAAAGCGAGGUGGAUCUUGAAACUGUUUGGCUUCCUGCAACACCCACAAAUGACUUCGGCCACAUGAAGACUUACUCCUUGGAUCCUUUAAAGAGAUGGAUCUAUCGGAAUGGAUCGAAGUUCCUAUCGAUUCCAUCAGAAUAUGCGCUUUCAUCCACAGAAGCUAUAACAAACGAUGCUAUAGCGUUUGGAACUGAAAAGGGUCAGCUUAUGAUUUUACAUAUGCCAUAG